UUUAAUUUUUAAUUUUUAUGAAAACAAAAUGCUAUACGUAUAAAAAUCUUCUCGUCCAAUAAACAUAUCACGAUAAAUCUCUGUCCGCCAAGUCCGCGAAAUCCCGUCGCACGAGGGACCAUUAUCUGGCAGACAGAACGACGUUAAUUAUUCCUGCCAAAGGACACACGAUAAAUGUGCUGCAAAUUGCGCUUUCGACAUUAGCACGACUUCUUCGAGAUAUGAUAAUCGUAUCAAAUGAGUAAUGAGUAUACUUCUUUAAAAAGAUAAAAAGAUAAGUAAUCAAUUAAAAUUUACUGUUAUUAAAACAAGAACAAAAUUAUUACGUAUUUUCUAUAAAAUACCAAGAGAGAUCUAUUGCAAGCGCAUGUAAGUUGCUCGCGCAUUGCGACACGCAAACUCGCAGAGGAAUUAUAGAAGGACUCGUAGGGGAGAAAAAGAGUUAAGUUACAGUGGAUUGUCUGCUUGAGUGGAUACAUAACUCGAAAUAUAAUACGUGAGAUAUCCAGUUCGCUCUACAGUAGCGAGAAAAUCUGCAAGAGAGUUUGGCGUGGAUCAAAUUUCAUUGAGACCACUGACAUUUUGUAGCGGUGAAGUGUUAGAAAUGUGCAGAUUCCUGGAAAAAUAAGGAAGAAAAAUAUUAUGCCGCGUUAAUACAUUCUUUGGAAGCGGGGGUAACAUUAAAUACGAGAGACUAUCACAAUACUGGUCAUACCGCGGAGUGCUGUCGUCUCUUCGAGCUUUCCAUAUUUUUCGAUGAUACAUCCUCGGAAUGGUAUAUUAGGAGGUAACUGGACGAAGAUCGAAAAUAUCAAUGGCGAGCAUCUGCUGAAGUGAAUUUCGAGUGCUUCGAUGUCGUCGAUCUCCGAGGAGCAUUAAGCCUCUCCUUACCACUACCUUUAUCCGUUCACGGCGUCAUCGGAUUCCAAUUAUGUCGCAGCAUCGAAGAGGUUCCAUGCACGGCAGCAGCCCCGUUCCGGGUCAUCCAAGCACGGCCGUUUCUGCAUCCUCCUCCUCCUCCUCCGCCUCUCACGAGGUACAAACGAGAGGGAUACCUUUGCCCGGAAUGGUACCAUCGCGCUCGAUCCACGUCAGUCCUAUGCAUGGGAAUCCGAUCCACGGGUUCGUCAACCCCCUUGGACCGGGCGGUCUCGUUCAUCCUCCGCCUCCCACGCAUACGGCGGCCGCAUCCGGAAUUUCUCAUCAUCCAUCGAACGUUCACCAAGGUAUCGGAACUUCCGCCUGAGCGAUGGUUAUAUAAUAUAAAGACCGUGGAGGCUGUUUUGAACAAUAGGCUCUUUGUUGAAAUGGACUAUUGUCAACGUAUACAUAAUGUACCGUCAUAUACAUCGAAAUCUUUUCUCACCUAUCUCACCUAUCGAAUAUUAAUAUU